CACGGCUCAGCAGGGUUCACGCCUCCGCUUCCGGGGCUACCCAAUGGCCCCCUUGUCCUUGGACGUCAGUCCAAGCAACCCAAGACGACAUGUCUUGGUCACAUCACUUGACUUUUGACUCACAGGUGGAUGUGCCCAGCACACCUCAUCGACGACCUCUUCCCUUUCUCGCACCUUAAGCACAUACUGUACAUACAUACACACGCCUCUGUCUCAUAGGACUGAUUGAUUACGACAGAAACUGCAGACUUCGCUCACCUGUCGUGCCACAAUUUAGUUCCUGCGGCCUCCCGUUGAUGCCGUGCCCGUGACCCGUCUAGUCGCCGUCACGAUAAGCCGGCAGACAUCUCGGCUCUCGCCCCAAGGCCCAGGGCCCAGAGGCUGGCCUUGUUCUCGAGUCCCGUGGUUGGUGGUGCACUCUCAAGCAUCCCAUUCCCAUGCCACCAACCUCUCAGCCUCGUCCGUGCAUGAGGACCGCCAAAAAAAGAAACACUCUCUCGUUGGAGGCAGGCCCUGCAGUGUUGGAUCCUCAACCCGGUCACCCGUCCAUACAGCAGUGGAUAUCCCCAAUGACCGACCGACCAGGCCCGUUGUGACGACCGCCUUUCGACCCCUCAACUUUUCAAUCUCCUGCCUCAAGCCACCCAAGGUUCUGAAAAGGACCUCGGGUGGUUUCCAACUCUCAACUCUGUCCCUUUGUCGUCCUGAAAUUCCGGCAUUCCCAAGACGACGAGGCACUUUAUCGGCUGCACCAGCGAUAUAAGCACCAACAUGCCCAUAUUCCGCGAGAAUCUCGACCAUCAUGACGUUUCAGCGCCUCAGUCCGAGUCUCCAGUGGCACAGCCGGUACCGCUCCACCUCUCUCUGCGCAAUCACGCCAGCCACCACAUGUCCUUGACCCGCCAGCUCUCGGAAGAGAGCAUCCGGACAGAACUCUGCGAAGGGCCGGUACCAGAUCCCUCAGAGCCCUCGUCCCCGACCCCCGGGUUGUCCGUGAACACGACGUCCGACCGGAUUGACCUGAUUGAGCGGCUCAAGAAGGGGGAGAGUCCUACUUGGAGCCCCAAACGCCAUUUCGAUGCUCUCUUCCGCCGAAGUUCCUCCCGAGAACAGCCAUCAAGCCCGCAACCAACCUCUAGCGAAUCUACCACACUUUCACCCCCAUCGAAGGACAGGCUAGGUGCGCAGACACAAGAGACGGAAGAUUUGGAGCACAUGCAGCAGGGCCUUGCAAUAGAGCGGCCUAGGUCGGCUCUUCACAGCGGCGACUUCACACCGCAUGCUUCUGCAACCCGUCAGGACGAAUUAGAGAAGCAGGGCGCCAAGGGAUUCCAAAACUCUGAGGGUCACUACCGGGAACACCACUCCCGUUUCGCCACCUCUCCUCCGCGAGACUUUACUCCGUUCAAAUUCGACAGAAGAAUUCCAUAUGUCGACCCACCAGAUGGUUUCCGGGCCUCACCACCCUCCGUCUCCUCGUCCAUAUCGUCCAGUUUUGUAUACAAGCACCCUACGAGCCCCCUCGUUCAAUCCGAAAGCAACGAUGAUCUGAGUUUGUCCAUGCCAAUAAGCCACAUAGACUUGGACCCUCCAACACCCAGCAGGCUGUCCCGACGGCAAACAUUGAGCGGCUUGUAUUCACACCAGAAUGUGCCCACAACUGCGCAGAGGAUACCCGGCAUGUAUCGGGAGUCGAUCCAGUCCUACCAAGCCCACCAGCCGAGGAGGUCUCUCACAUCCACUCCGACCUUUUCUUUGGGAGCAACAUCACCGCAGAGUUCGGCGUUCUCGAGGCGCCCGUCGUUAGGCCUGGAAUCGUCUUCGCCUCUGCACCAGACCUCGAUGGUUGGAUCGUACGAGGAGAGCAUCCUCCGGGGCCGCAUGUCCACGACGCCCUCGAAGCCUCUGGAUUUCAUGGCUCAGAUAGGUGUUCUGGGCCUGGGGAAUUGCAAAAGCAGCCUGCGUUGUCCGGCCCAUGUCACGUUGCCUUUUCCGGCCGUCUUUUACAGUUACGUGAAUACACCCCACGGCCGGUCCAAGAGUGAUGAUGGGCCAAGCCCCUAUGUUGGACAGAUCGACCUUGAGAACGGGCUCGCAAAUCCGGACGAGACCUCAAGACAAAGACGCAAGUCGCAUCAAAGAAGCAUGUCAGCAGCCAAUCGGCAGCGGAUGGAUGGGGAUGAGGACAUCGCAAUGACCGAUAUCAACUCCGGUGUUGACGUGGCCGGUGUCGACGCACGGAAAGCGAAUAAGCUGAAACGGAGGUCAAACUCCCCGAAAGCACCGCCUGGGGGAAGUUAUCGAAUACCAGAGAAAGGCCAGAUCCAGAUCAUCAUCAAGAACCAAAACAAGACGGCAGUGAAGCUGUUCCUCGUGCCAUACGACCUCGAGGGCAUGGAGCCCGGCACAAAGACCUUCAUCCGCCAGCGGUGUUAUUCCGCCGGCGGCCCAAUCGUCGAGAACCUGCCCUCGACCAGCGAGAGGCCAACCCUGCGGUACCUGGUCCACCUGCACAUCUGCUGCCCCGCAAAGGGGCGCUUCUACCUCUACAAGAGCAUCCGCGUCGUCUUCGCCAACCGCGUGCCCGACGGCAAGGAGAAGCUCCGCAACGAGGUGACUCUCCCCGAGCCAAAGUUCACGCCCUACAAGCCCGUCAGGGUCAUGCACCAGCCCGUGACGCAGGCGACGACGGGGCCCGGCGCGAGCCUCGCGGCCGAGAAGGCGUUCCGGCGGCGCAGCUCGGGCUUCUCGUUCGGCGGCCAGCAGUACCAGCAGCUGCUCCCGCCCUUCGACGCGGGCGAGCCCAUGCCCAUGCCCAGCCUGUCGCUGCUCCGGGCGAGGGCGUCCAGCUUCCAGGACAGGGGGCUGGCCCUCGGGCGGCCCGUCGGCGCGGGCCUCUCCGGUUGUGCCCAGGUGCUACUCGCGCCGACGUCGGUGCCUGCCGCCGAGGCGGCUCCGGCUCCGACGCCGCCCCUGAGCUUUGCCAAGGGCGACGUCGCCGGGUACGUCAACGGGGGCGGCGCGCACCUGGCUGGUGGUGGUAGCCCUGGUGCUGCCAUUGCUGAGGGGUUGCUGUCGCAGCGGCUGCGGUCGCUGGGGAUGCAGAGUGCGUGUAGUGGGGAGCUGGAGCUCGGGGAUGCUGAUCUUGAGCUGCGUGGGGACUGAAGAGGUGUUUUGAAUUUGGCCGGCCAGACAGGCACUGACUGGACUGGACUGGGUGAGGUCUGGUGCUCGCGCGCGCGCACACACACACACACAACACACACACACACAUAUGUAUAUAUCUAUUAUAUCACAGGGUUUCGGGGGUUGGAGUCAUAUUAUAGACAGCGGUAACUGGUAAGCACCGCGGAAUUGGGAAGGGGGGCCGGAAUGUUAAUUGUGUCUGUCACACAUCCGUCCAUUCUGCAUUUGGACGGUUUCAAUAUUUUCCCUUUCUUUGUUUUUGUCAACCUCUUUUGCCGAACAGGGUACAGUACUGUGGCGGGGUGGGCUCGGAGUACGCUGGGAGCUUGGAUAAAGAAAUCAUAGACACAUACUUGACAAAUGAGAGCAAUUUCAAAUCA